AAUUUCCGAAACGUGCUGGCCACUGUUGGUUGCUAUAUUUACUUUACUCUUUGGUUGGUUGUUUUUAAGCGACGAAAUAAAACAAAAUAAGUGCAUUGCCUGAGUUCAUUUCUCGAUUAGAAGUGUCAAGAGAAGUCACAAGUUUGCGCCUGGAGCCUGUGAAACCGAGGUACCUACUUACAUAUUCACAAGUACUUACAAUAUAAGAAGUGUAGUUGACAGUUUGAAUUUGAACAGGCCGCUCCGAAUAGCUGUUAAAGACAUCUAAAGAAUCUUGCCUGUACCAUGACCGAUUUAAACAAGUGGAAAAGUGCGCUAUCCCCAAACUACGAAAGCAAUGUAGACAAAUUAUAUCCAUAUUCGGAAAUGCCUUACGAUAGAGAUUAUAAGGUGGUCAAGAUACCAUUUUGUACUGAAGAUCUCAUAGAACACGUUAAUUACUUUGGCGAAGGAAAAGGGGAGAUGACCGUAGGAUUUAAUAAUUGCUACAAUGUUCAUUAUCAAUACUAUUUAGUUUCAAGUGGCCAAGAUAAAGGCAGAAAGAUACCUAACAGAAUACCGAUUUCUCCUGACGAUGUCUAUGAGGGAACCCGCAAAUAUAUUAAAGAUAAUUCUGUUAGAACUGUUACAGUUGGACUCGCUAAAGAUGUGAUAUCUAAAGCUAUUGCACAAGACAUAGCUCGGAUUGUAAAUGGCCGUGAAGGAAAAGUUAUCAUUUAUGAUUAUACUCACGAGGAUAGUGAAAUAAUUACAGAAGAGCUGAAGAUUGCAAAACAGUUAUUCUACUGUCCCAUCUGGAUUAUACCAGAUAACCUUGCAUUAAGCUACUGUAAUACGUCAUACAAAGCUUAUUUGAGCGGGAACGAAAUCAAAAGAGAGCUUUAUAGAAAUAUCGUAAAGGAUGAUAUCGAAGCUGCUGUCAUACUAACUGCUUGUUUGAAUAACCCGUACGCCAGCAACGCUAUACGAGAUGUUGUUAAUAAACUCAUUGAGAAUAAAAUUGCGAGUGUCAUUGUGUACGCGUACAAACUGUGGAAUAAUAAUUUCAGAGAUGUUGUCUUAAAACAUUUUCCUCAAGUGUUCCAAGAGAUAUUCAACGGAGACUGCAUGGUCAUUGUCAAUAAACUACAGAAUCAAGAAUUGCUCCUAGAACCUAGCUCGAAAUUGGCGCUUUGUGGCAACCAAUACAAAUCAACAAAGAAAAUGGGAUGGAGGCUAAUUCCCGAAUGGAAUGAUAAUAAUGUUAAUCUGAUAUUCAAACUGUACAACGUUGAUAGCAAAAUGUUUUUAAAAUUGUGUCCUGGAGCCGGAGAUGGCGUGGAAGAGAAAGCACAUGGUUCAGAAGAUUCCAAGGACCAAAAUGUUAAAUUUAACUUAGUGCCACUAAUGAUGAAUAGGCAAGUUGCUUUCACUAUUCAUAGUUACGAGCGUGGCAAGCGAUUGGAAUUACCAGCCGAUGUGGAUUCCUCACUAAACAAGCCUGUUUUGGGACAGAAAGCUGAUGCUAGUGAGAAUGAUGACCGGUCCAGGUGGAUUUUAGCGGCCUCAAAUGAAAUAAAUUGUGAAGAUUAUGAUUCAGACUUUUCUUGUCGAGAUGAUUCGUCCGGAUAUUGCAACCAGUAAUAAGUAACGUUCUUUGAUUACAAUAAAUUCCUUUGCUUUAUUUUAAGGACUGCAUAGUCAUAUUUUUCUAAGUAUAAAACGAUUUUAACGUGUAGCCGUAUAAUAUUUUACCACCUCUCGUGUUUAUUAAUAAUUAAAAUGUCACAGUUACCCUUAACAACAGGGUUUUGAUUUCUAACAGCCAGUUUCUUCAUCAAAAGUAAUGUCAUAAAGUAAAAGUAACGGUUAAAUUAGUUUUUUCUAUUAAUUUUGCUGUUACUUUAGCAUUGAAAAAACGAAUUUAACCGUUACUUGUGAAAUUACUCUGGCUUUUACUUUUGAUGAAGAAACUGGCUGUCGCCGGUAAUACAUUUAGGUGUGUAAUGAAAACUUUCUUUUUAACAUAUAAUUGUAUCUCAAUAAUUUUGAAUAAAAAUAUUAUUUGAUUGGA